CUGGACUUGAACACCACUUUCCCUUACACUGUGGAUUAAACAGCAUUAGGGAGCCAGGAGAGGAAACACCUGUGGUGGUUGGAGACCUGUGCCUGCCUGUUCUGUUGCUACGCCGUCAUCUUACCACACCUUUCACCUCACCUUACACUCCCCUCCAGCCCAGGAACUGGAAACUACAAAGAGGGGAGAGAAGGGAAAGGAGGAAGAGGAAACAAUUCCUUGCCCAAUUCCAGCUCUACACCCAGUGCAACCAACAGCUUCCAAUCCGGCCCCCAUUUCGGCUCCAGCCUCUCACCCAGCUCCAGUCCUCAGUCUCCUGGUUGCAUCCUCCCUCCCUGUUCCUGCCCUGCGCCAAAUCCCGCACCGGGAUUCCAUAGCCGGACCCUCAAGCCAUGGCUGGUCCCUUCUCUCGACUGCUGUCCGCCCGCCCGGGACUCAGGCUCCUUGCUUUGGCUGGAGCUGGGUCUCUAGCCGCUGGGUUUCUGCUCCGCCCGGAACCUAUAAGGGCCGCCAGUGAACGACGGAGACUGUAUCCCCCAAGCGCUGAGUACCCAGACCUCCGAAAGCACAACAACUGCAUGGCCAGUCACCUGACCCCAGCAGUCUAUGCCCGGCUCUGCGACAAGACCACACCCACUGGUUGGACGCUAGAUCAGUGUAUCCAGACUGGCGUGGACAACCCCGGCCACCCCUUCAUCAAGACUGUGGGCAUGGUAGCUGGAGAUGAGGAGACCUAUGAGGUAUUUGCUGAGCUGUUUGAUCCUGUGAUACAAGAGCGACACAAUGGAUACGACCCUCGAACGAUGAAACAUACCACUGACUUGGAUGCCAGCAAGAUCCGUUCUGGCUACUUUGAUGAGAGGUAUGUAAUGUCCUCAAGAGUCAGAACUGGCCGAAGUAUCCGGGGACUCAGCCUUCCUCCAGCCUGCACUCGGGCAGAGCGACGAGAGGUGGAACGUGUUGUAGUGGAUGCAUUGAGUGGCCUGAAGGGUGACCUGGCUGGAAGUUACUAUCGGCUCAGUGAGAUGACAGAGGCUGAACAGCAGCAGCUUAUUGAUGACCACUUCCUAUUUGAUAAGCCUGUGUCCCCACUGCUGACUGCAGCAGGAAUGGCUCGAGACUGGCCAGAUGCUCGUGGAAUCUGGCACAACAAUGAGAAGAGCUUCUUGAUCUGGGUGAAUGAAGAGGAUCAUACACGGGUCAUCUCCAUGGAGAAGGGUGGCAACAUGAAGAAAGUGUUUGAAAGAUUCUGCCGAGGCCUCAAAGAGGUGGAGCGGCUGAUCCAGGAGCGUGGCUGGGAGUUCAUGUGGAAUGAGCGUUUGGGAUACAUCUUGACCUGUCCAUCUAACCUGGGCACUGGACUUCGGGCAGGAGUGCACAUCAAACUGCCCCUACUAAGCAAAGAUAGCCGCUUCCCAAAGAUCCUGGAGAACUUAAGACUCCAAAAGCGUGGCACUGGUGGAGUGGACACAGCUGCCACAGGCAGCGUCUUUGACAUCUCUAAUUUGGACCGACUGGGCAAGUCAGAGGUGGAGCUGGUGCAGCUGGUCAUCGAUGGAGUAAACUAUUUGAUUGAUUGUGAACGGCGUCUGGAGAGAGGCCAGGAUAUCCGCAUCCCUCCACCUCUCAUCCACAAUAAGCAUUAAUUCCCCAUCCUCAGGAGAUGACUCAAGAUCCCCAGGACUUCUGCCCAUUCUAAUGUGGCCCAUUCUACUUGCCCUGGAUGCCCCCCAACUCCCUUCUGUCCUAGUAAAGACUCCUUGCUAUGCUCUA